CAAACAUGCCUGUGUCAAGCAGCUCCUACAAACCUGUGAGCCAUGUCAUUUUCGACAUGGAUGGAUUAUUAUUAGACACAGAGCGGCUGUACACUGUGUCCUUCCAGGAAAUAUGUGACAGGUUUGGAAAACAGUACACAUGGGAAGUGAAGUCAAAAGUGAUGGGUUUAAAGGCUUUGGAUGCUUCCCAAAUUAUCCGGGACACUCUGGAGCUUCCCAUGACAGCAGAGGAACUCCUCGCUGAAAGCAGACAAAUACAGGAAAGGAUAUUUCCCUCUGCUCAACUCAUGCCAGGUGUGGAGAAGCUGAUAAACCAUCUUCAGAAACACAGCAUCCCCAUAGCGGUGGCGACCAGCUCGGCUGGCGUCACCUUCAAUUUGAAGACAAGCCAACACAAAGCCUUCUUCUCUGGGUUCGACCACAUUGUUCUGGGAGACGAUCCUGACGUGAAGAACAGCAAACCCCAACCUGACUCCUUCCUGGUCUGUGCCAGCAGAUUCAAACCUCCAGCCUCCCCACAGACUUGCCUGGUGUUUGAAGAUGCUCCCAACGGUGUGAAGGCGGCGUUGGCUGCUGGGAUGCAGGUGGUGAUGAUUCCUGACGACAACCUAGACCCAGCCCUUGCCCAGGAGGCCACGCUGUGGCUCAGGAGCAUGGAGGAGUUUGAGCCGCAGCUUUUCGGACUGCCGGCGUACGACUAAAGCCUGGAAACCCAACCUGGAACCACAGCUACGUUAAUUAGCCUCUAGGGGGAAGUAUGAUGGAGUGGGAACCCCAGCUGAUUGUUUUCCUGCGUAGCUCAUCAUGUUGCAGGGAAUAUAAUAUAAUAUUUUUUUGUUGCCAUUUGAUGUUUUUCUGCUUUUGUUUUCUGUUGGAUGAGACAUCACAUCAUUAGUCAAACCCUUAAAGCUGGUUUAUCAGCACUUUCUAUUCUCACUCCUGUUUGAAAGCUUUGUGUCACACUGAUUUUAUCUCUAGAUAUUCCUCCACCUCAGUACAAUGAAUUAAAAGGUAUAAAAAAGGUAAAAGUAAAAGGAAUUAAUAUUUGUCUCUCAGAACAUCCAACCUCAGAACUGGAGGUCAGGAUCAGUGUUAAGGUUUGUAUCAUGGACCUUGACUUAAGGUAUUUUUUCAUGCUGGAUUAAAAACUUGCUUUAAAUGAACCCUGUACCUCACUUUGGACAGUUCAUUUUACAGCAGAAAGUAGUUCCACUGAAAAACUGUCGACAGUGAGGUCUGAGGAUUAUCCGCAGUAAUGGGGACAUUGUUUCUGGACAGAUAAGGUACAGUUGAUGCUGUGAGCACCGCAAAUAAACACAAACCAAGCAGUUAUCUCCAUUGUGUCGGGGUGGAGGCCGACACCUCAUGUGGCACAUAAAACUGAAACUAUCAGCAGGAGUACAUACCAUUAGAGGAAGUGGAGAAAUAUGUCUGUCAUUUGUGUGAAAUUACCCUUUAAUAUAGAUUAUUCACUUUAUUGUAUUUCUUUGCAAAUUGCUACAAUGUCAGACCUCGAGUGUGACACAUAACCAUAGUUAUGUAGUGUAUCUGCUCCAUGCCUCAGGAAGCCUCAGGGUUAGUCAUACCGGUUAGAAAUGAGCCAGACUUUUAAUCAAAUAUCACGAUAUUUUAGACCAAAUACCUCAAUAUCGAUUUUGCAACAAUAUUGUAGAGAUGAUUCUUGAUGCUUUCACAAAACAUUUACACUAUGAAAUUUUUAAUAAAUAAUCAUCAGUAAUGUGGAUACAAUGACAAAGUGGGUAAAAGGUACAAAACAGUCUGGUAAAUUCCAAAAAUCAUAUAUUUUACUGUGAUGCAGCAUUUAAAACCAGGAGAAGACAAUUCUGGUGACAUAUUGCGAUAUUACAAUAUCCAAAAUCUAAGACGAUAUCUUGUCUCAUAUCACGAUAUCGAUAUAAUAUCAAUAUAUUGCCCAUCCCU